AUGAAGCUUGAUCCUGCCCCGACGCGUCUACGCCAGAUUGCUCUAGUUGUGAGGGAUCUCGAAGGCGCAACGCAGCAGCUUACGCACAUUCUAGGCACCAACGUUGUUUUUGAGGAUCCCGCCGUGGAGCAAUGGGGGCUGAAGAACGUGCUGCUUCCACUGGGCGGCGACUUGAUCGAGAUUGUGUCGCCCACCAAGAGUGGCACAACAGCGGGAAGAUUACUGGACAAGCGCGGUGAUGGCGGAUACAUGAUCAUCAUGCAAACCGAGGACGCAGAGAAGCGGCGCGAUCACAUCAAAGCGAACAAUCUGGCCAGAGUCAUCUUUGAACAGCAGCAUGAAGAUGCUGUGUGCGUCCAGUACCACCCCAAAGACAUCAAAGGCGGCAUGAUACCGGAACUCGACUCCCACAAACCAGGCCCAACUAACCCCACGCCUCUCAAAACCCGCUUCUCUCCAUGGCACGCGUGCGGCUCGAAUGUUGAGAGCUACACCCCUGGCAUGAAACAGACGGGUCACCUGUCGCUAGAGGGCUGUGUCUUGUGCCUCCAGCCUGGCGACGUCGGCCACGAAGCAGCCGCCCGACAGUGGGAAGAGGUAUUCGGCGUGGCGCGAAGCCGCGAUUUGUUGGCCUUUACCAAUGCAAGACUGGGAUUCGUCCGGGGGAGACCGGGACUCGCAGAGGGCCUUGUGUCGAUCACGGUAGGCGUCCAGGGCAAGGAGCAAUAUGAAAGCAUACUAGAAAGAGCCAGGAAAGCCGGCAUCUGCAGCGGAAGAUGCAUCGAAAUGUGCGGGGUCAAGUGGUACCUUACACUGACGGGCUCGGGCGACAACAGGGGUAAGCUAUAG